AUGGGAUGUACCCUGAGCGCAGAGGAGAGGGCGGCUCUCGAUCGGAGCAAAGCCAUCGAGAAAAACCUGAAAGAGGACGGGAUGACCGCGGCCAAAGAUGUCAAACUGCUGCUACUGGGAGCUGGAGAGUCAGGGAAAAGCACCAUCGUCAAACAGAUGAAGAUCAUUCACGAGGAUGGUUUUUCUGGUGACGAUGUGAAGCAGUACAAGCCGGUCGUGUACAGCAACACCAUCCAGUCUCUCGCCGCCAUCGUUCGUGCCAUGGACACACUGGGUUUGGAGUACGGGGACAAAGAACGCAAGGCGGAUGCAAAAAUGGUGUGUGAUGUGGUGAGUCGUAUGGAGGACACAGAGCCUUACUCCGCCGAGCUGCUGUCCGCCAUGAUGCGCCUGUGGGCCGACUCGGGCAUCCAGGAGUGCUUCAGCCGCGCCCGCGAGUACCAGCUCAACGACUCAGCGCAGUAUUACUUAGACAGUCUAGAUCGAAUUGGAGCGGCCGACUAUCAGCCCACAGAGCAGGACAUCCUGAGGACCCGGGUCAAGACCACGGGAAUCGUCGAGACACAUUUUACCUUCAAAAACCUCCACUUCAGGCUGUUUGAUGUGGGAGGACAAAGAUCAGAGAGGAAGAAGUGGAUCCACUGUUUUGAGGAUGUGACGGCCAUCAUCUUCUGCGUGGCGCUCAGUGGAUACGACCAGGUGCUGCACGAGGACGAGACCACGAAUCGCAUGCACGAGUCCCUGAUGCUGUUUGACUCCAUCUGCAACAACAAAUUCUUCAUCGACACCUCCAUCAUCCUCUUCCUCAACAAGAAGGACCUGUUCGCAGAGAAGAUUAAGAAGUCCGCGCUCAGCAUCUGCUUCCCAGAAUACACAGGGCCCAACACCUACGACGAUGCGGCCGCUUACAUUCAAGCACAAUUCGAGAGCAAGAACCGCUCUCCAAACAAGGAAAUCUACUGUCACUUGACCUGCGCCACGGAUACAGGAAACAUCCAGGUGGUGUUCGACGCCGUGACCGACAUCAUCAUCGCCAAUAACCUGCGAGGCUGCGGCUUGUACUGA